AUGGAUCACAUUUCGGCCUGGCACGCGAGUGACGCAGACACUAUCAUUAGUGGCAGAGAUCAGACCCCAGAUCUCACCCAUAUGAUGUGCUGCCCCUGUGUCAACUACUCCCGCACCUAUUCCCGCCUUAAUGCAGCUUUGAAGGGGCGGAUGGACGGCGUUGAGAACCCAAGGAGAGACUUCUGGACAACUGAAUGUGUUCAGUUUGCCCUCUGCAUCCCUUUCUACAGUGUCAUGGUGAGCCGGUUGCAGGGGACUAUCCGUGCCUUCUACAACAUUACAGGCAAAGACACUGAGGACUGGGCGGAUGGCUGUUUCUGCCCAUGUGCAACAAUCGCUCGCAAUGAGGAAGAGGUGGUCUUCCGCGAGCGAAACCGCCGCGCCAAGAACCUCCGCGUCUGUGAUCUUGAGGAACUCAGUUCUGCAGAUGAUCCAUACAAGAAUCAGGCUCCCAUGUUUUACGGCUCGCCACGGGAGACUCAAUCCCUCAAGUUUUCCAGCCCACCUCCUUCCAAGUCUGCUGUUUACAACUCUCACGAGUCGGAGACUGACGUGGAUCCCUUGACCUCUAUCUCAGAGAAGAAGAAGAAGCGCGCUCCCACCCCCGGCCCCUUUGACAAGCCCAACAAGGUUUAUCUCGUGCCGGAUAACAGGAAGUUCAACAGCUCAUCUUUUGACUCCCCGGAUAUCACCCCAAUUGAGCAGAAUUAUGUCAUGACUGCUCCGCUUUCUCCAAGGCCUCUCAUGGAAUAUUUGGGCCAAAAGUGGUAUCUUGUCCCUGCAGACAACAAGGAAAAUGAUGACCCAGCCCAGGGAAAAACAAGCUUGCAGUCCAAUGAACAUCCUUCAACUUUCUCUGACAAGGACGCACAUCUGACAGUCCCGGCCAAUGUUCUGGCCAAAGGCAAACCUUAUCCUGUUCAAGACCAGCCCAGAGCUUCCUUUGAGAAGGAGAAACACGAUGCUGCCGCUCUUCAGCCCCGAGUUUCCCAAGAGAAGAAGAAAGAUCAAUCUGUUGCAUCUCCCAGAACUUCCCUGGAGAAGAAAGCUCAAUCUGUUUCGUCUCCCAAGACUUCCCUGGACAAGAAGAAAGAUCAAGCUGUUGCGACUCCACCCAAGUCUUCCUUGGAUAAGGGAAAACAGCCAGUUACCCAGGGCCACCGACUGAGCGAUGACAAGAAGCAGAAUGAAGCGCCCGUUGCCAAGGUUCAUGCUUUGGAAUACGACAAUCAGAGUUACACUUCACCCAUUGCCAUUGCGCACUUGUUGGAGCAGGAAAGGUACAAGCGCAACCACAGAGACGCCGACAACUCACAGGGUGAAUCUUCUUCGCAGCGUAUCCAGGGCCCCUACCUGAUGGAGGGUGCCAUGAGGCCGGUGAUCGAACAUGGCAAGAGCCGCUUCACCGAGCAUCUCCUCGAAGAUGAUCGCCACUAUGUAGCCUCACCCACGCGCAGUGGUUCCCCCCAUUUCCUUUCUGCCGAUGCCAUGGUGUCUCGCAUUCACGCGAUGGGCUCACCCCAUUACCUUGAGGACGAGCAUCUUGCCCAAAGCGCUGUGAUUGAGAAUAUCGAGAGUCCCUACUCGCAGGAUGGCCUGGCUCCAGCCAACGGUGAAAAGUCCACCAAGAGCAAAGGCAAAGAACCCGUCCGUGCUCAACCAGCCAAGCAAAAGGAAGAACCCAGCCGAGGCAGAACCGAAUUCCGAAAGGGCUUCAUGGGAUUCAUUGGCAGGAGUGAACCUAAGGAUCCAGAGUUCGAUUCCAUUGAACUCGCUACACAGAAGGUGGCCGCCAUGAGCCCCUCGAUCGAGCUUAACCUCCCCGAAGACAAUGAAGGUAUCUGGGCCAAAGGAUUCUGGCCAGGGGCGUUUGCUUCCUCUUCGCAAUCAGCUCCAGUCUCACACGAAAUCGAUGAUGACCUUCGUGUCGUGACCCGACCCGAACCCGCUUCAGCCCAUGGCAUUGACACAGACGAGAAAGAGAAGGCUCAGCCUGAGAUCGUCGAGGCCAUCAAGGGCAGAGACUCCACCGUCGACAGUGAGAAGCCUGGAGUGACUGAUGCCAAGACUGAGGACAAGGCAGGCGACAAGGCAGGCGACCAGCCUGCCGAGACCGCAACCAACAAGUCUACAGACCUCACACCCACCAAGUCUGCCGAGGCCGCAGCCAACAAGUCUGCCAAGGCCACCGGGAGCAAGAUUGCCAAGGCCGCCUCGCAGUUCUUCGGCGCAGGCAGCAAGUAG